UCAGAGCACUCGGCUGGGCAAGCUAUUUCCCAACAGCACUAGAAUUCAGUGCCGCACCCUUCCCCACUCGCUGUCGGUCGUGCGGUCCUCUGUUCUUGGUUCUUCCGGCCAACUUUCGUUCGUUCCUCGCGGCGCAGGGGAACGAUGACGCAUUAAAUUGUUCUAAAUUCUGUCAUAUUUGCCCAUCAUGUCUUUGAGAAGCAAGGACUUCGUUGCUGCGGGCAAAUACAAAGCUAUCCGUAAAAUUGGAAGUGGCUCCUUCGGUGAAAUCUACACAGGGAUCAACACGACUAAUGGAGAGGAGGUAGCAUUGAAACUAGAACCAAUCAAUGCACGACAUCCACAACUGCUCUAUGAAAGCAAGCUCUACAAAAUCCUACAGGGUGGAAUAGGAAUCCCACAUUUCAGAUGGUUCGGCAGGGAGGCCGAGUACUGGGUGCUGGUGAUGGACCUGCUGGGGCCGUCACUGGAGGACCUGUUCAACUUCUGCUCGCGGCAGUUCACCGUGAAAACGGUGCUCAUGCUGGCUGACCAGAUGGUCGGCCGGGUCGAGUACAUCCACAGCAAAAACUUCAUCCACCGCGAUAUCAAGCCAGACAACUUCCUCAUGGGCAUUGGCAGGCACUGCAACAAGCUGUUCGUGAUAGACUUCGGUCUGGCCAAGAAGUUCCGCGACAGCCGCUCGCGCGUGCACAUCCCGUACCGAGAGGACAAGAACCUGACGGGCACGGCGCGGUACGCCAGCAUCAACGCCCACCUGGGCAUCGAGCAGAGUCGGCGGGACGACAUGGAGUCGUUGGGCUACGUGCUGGUCUACUUCCGGAAGGGCAGUCUCCCCUGGCAGGGCCUGAAGGCGGUCAACAAGAAGCAGAAGUACGAGCGCAUCAGUGAGAAAAAGAUGGCCACGCCGCUGGAAGUGCUCUGCAAGGGCUGUCCGGGCGAGUUCGCCAUGUAUCUCAACUACUGCCGCGGCCUGCGCUUCGAGGAGGCGCCCGACUACAUGUACCUGCGCCAGCUGUUCCGCAUCCUGUUCCGCACGCUGAACCACCAGUACGACUACACGUUCGACUGGACGAUCCUGAAGCAGAACGGGAUCGCGGCGCACGCCGGCCAGCCCAACCCGACCGCGGCCGUCCAGCCAGGAGUCAACUGAGCAAGUCUAGCCAGUGUAGGCAAGCGACCUGACGCUGAUGACGGCCCGGCCACCCUGCGGCCCGGUGUCGCCCACCCAAGACAAGCUCUCGCUCUGGUGAUAUAUAAAUCCUAGUUGGCCGGUCGGCGGGCGGAGCCAGCGGCCGACCGGCCGGCCGGCGCCGCUGGCCGGGCGCGCAGACAGCGCCGCCGGCGGCCCGGCCCGGGCGCUGGAGAAAUUUCACGUUACCAGGAGGUGGUGCGGGAGAACGCUGUGCGCCGUGCGUGCGGCCUGAACUGAUACAUACACACAUACACACUGAGAGAGAGUGACUGGAGCGAGUGGAGCCGCGGUGCGCGUGUGUGCGUGUGACACGGAGUGUGUGAGAGUGAGUGAGUGCCGGGCGGGCGCGGCCGACGCGAUCGUGUAGGUAACCGGGGACCGAGCGGCGCUCGCCACAGGUCGGCGGCGCGCCAGCCAGCCACCAGCCGACCGACAAACACCCUUUUUAUCAGACGCAAAUCAGCGGCGCGGCAGUUUUUAACAUGUGUUGGCAAUACAUGUGAUGAACAGUUUUCUCACAUUCGGUGUAUUGGCCGGGUGACCGCUAACGCGUCUGGUAAUCUGCAUUACUUUGUUUCUGAGUUCGUUGGUGUCAGUCUGUGUCACAAGAUCUUCUUAUUGUAGGACGUUUUGUAAUAAAAGUUUAGUAAAUCGUACCACUUCUCGUGUGCGACAGUUAGAAGCUCAGCUCGGGAGCCGGAAGUGUCGCAUGACAAGGAGAAUACCAGUGAAAAUAUUCGCAGUGCGGUAAUACAUCGUGUAACGUGUACGCUCA